CUUUUUUUCGCCUCUCAACAUACCCGGAAGUUCCUCGCGGAGUGUUUCCUCGGCAACUUGGAAGUCAGGAAAUUGUUAUAGGACCACGUUGUAGUCGAUCUGGGGCAUUAAGAUUCGCCCCACAGGUCAUUGCUUCCCCAACUGUGAGUGUUGAUUGCAUCAGAGGCCCGGGCAGUGUGCAUGUGUGCAUCUGAGCGUGAGUGUACGGCGGGUCCCUUGUGGUGAUGUUUUCCAGCCAUCAGGACCGGCAGGAGCUGGAGGAUGAUCUCUACCAGGGAGAUGGUGAGGAAUCCGAGGGAUCCGAGGCCACCAGUGAGUUGGAGUUCCGUCUCUACAGUCAGCUCCAUUACUCUUCCAACGCGAUAGAGUUGAAGGAGCAAGAUGGAGAGCAACAGCUGAACCAGGAGCCGCUUGUGCCUGAAAAGACUGCGGACUCUGCACCAUCAUCUGAAACAGUCAAGCAACAAAGCAAAAAGAAGAGUAAGAAGUCUGUCAAACAGAAGUCUGUCAAACAGAAGAAGGGAAAAAGAGUACCUCAAGGUUUAAGAUCACUGUCACCGUAUGAGGAGGUCAUCGUCAUCGACUCCAGCCCCGAAGUUAUAACCAUCUCUGAGAAUGACGCCUCUGAUGAUAACAAAGGGGUUUGUGCCUUAAAGGGUAGCAGUAAACCCCGAGUGCAGACAUCCACCCCAGUCCAGCAGGCAUCCCAUAAAAAGGUGACUGUCAGUACCCCAGUGACUGUUGACUCAAGUAGCUCCAGUUCAGAGUCAGAAUCUGAGUUAGAGUCAUCCCAUUCAUCCGACUCCUCGGACUUUCUGGAGAACUGGAUGAUCCUGGGUGGAGAGAAGCAGGAUGGAGACAAUUCCAUUUCACUCAACUUGGAAGGCAUUUCUGACAUCAGUUCAGACACUGAAGCUGAUGGCAGUGGCAGCUGGCUGGUUACGGACAAGGACAAGGAGGCUCAAAUCUGCAACAAAGUUGGAGCGAGGAGAGCCACACCACGUUGUACAAACCGGUACUACACAGACAAGGACGUCGUCUGUCGAAACUGCAAUAACAAGGGGCAUCUUUCCAAAAAUUGCUCUCAUCCCAAAUUGACUCCUUGCUACCUCUGUGGCGAUUUGAGCCACCUGGCCAAUGCGUGUCCCAAUAAACACUGCAACAACUGCGGCCUUCCAGGUCAUCUUUACGAGUCCUGCAAUGAGAGUGCUUUCUACAACAAACAGUGCCUUCGCUGCGGCAUGUGGGGACACAUCUUUGACGCCUGUCCAGAGAUCUGGAGACAGUACCACAUCACGACCAAACAGGGUCCUCCUGUAAAGCGGCAAGGGAAGGACAAAGGUCGAAGGCCUGCCUACUGCUACAACUGCUCUAAGAAAGGACACUUUGGCCACGGGUGCACCCGGCAGAGGAUGUACAGGCGAACAUUCGCCAGCACGCCAUUCAUCAACCAAUAUGACACCAAUGAGGACAUCAAGCUCAGACAGCCCAGGCUCAUGUGGAAGGUUAAACAACUGAAGAAAUUUGGCUUUAUGCGCAACAGUUUUCAGACAGAGCUCACUCCCGGACCACCAAAGAAGAAACAAAAAACCAGCCAUGAAAACAACGGCAACGUCUUUAGCCGUAAAUUUGCUAGGGCAUCUGACAGCCACAAAGCCAGGCCCAGUCAUAUCUUUUCCCAUGGUGGUAAUGACUUUAAAGCUGCAAGUAAGUUUAACAAACACAAAAAACAGGAAAGUGUAGGCAAACAGUGGAAACCCAAGAGAGCCGUACCCAAAAAACGCCCAGCUCCACUUAUGCUCAACAUUGACAAAGGGGCAAAUUUUCCCAGAGGACAAGGUGGAGAGAAAGCAGAGAAGAAAAAGAAAAAGAAGAAGAAGAAGAAGAAGAAAUUGAACCAAGAUCCGUCAAAUGGUAGUGUUUUCAGGACAGAACUUGGGAAGUCAAAGAAAGAGAAAAAUGAAAAGAGGAAAAAAAAGCCACCCCAUAAAAAGAUCUCUGCACAAAUGUAUCCUACUGAUGAGAAUCUGUUCGUCAUAAAGCAAAAGAAACGCAAGCGAUAACAGUAUGUGUGUGAAAGAGAGAGUGGGUCAGGGCUUUGUUUUUGCAUUGACAGGUAUUCUGUUUUGGUUCAUUUUGACACAAACACUAAUUGGAAAAAAACAACACAUUUUGCUAAUUGGAAUAUGUUAUAUUCAAUUCUUACAGUUUUGUAAUAAGACAAUUAACAUUGCAUUUAAUUGGAACAUAUUUGAAAUGAGUUGCUCAAUUGCAACCGAAGAGAAGUGGGUUUUUAUGGAGACUGCUUUUUCUUUAGAAAGCAUAGAAUUAAUAAGUUAUACACACAUACACCAUCCACGGCCCUGAGAGUAUUAAGUUUUAAGUUUCAUCUUAGUGGUUGUAACAUAACCAAGCCUUAAUAACACAACAUGGGAUGGCUUGUGAUGUAAUUUGACACACUGACCGUAAAUAAAACUUGAAUCCGGUUGGGCUUCCGCCAUUCAGGACAAGAAAUGCAUUUGAAGCGCCAUUUGUGCACUUUAGCUUCCCUACAGUAGAAUUAAUAUUUGCCAGGAAAAAUCACAUUGUUCACUAUUGUGUUUAUGAUGGAUUUGGCAUAAUAAAAUAUUACCUUGAUGGAGAGCUUAUUUGUUUAAUUUUGCAGUCAAAGCUUAUAUCAUUUACAUAUUGUAUUUGAAUUGUGUAUUCUUGAAAAUGGCAAAAUUAAUUAUACAUAUGCUUCGUCUUUAAAGAGAUAUCACAGGAAUGUACUGCAUACACCUAAAUCAUUAGGUGUGAAAAUGCCCCCCAGGCCGCACUUUGCACACCCCCGAGGAUCUUUGACAAGAGUCUUUGCAGUAGGUCAUUAAAAGCAAGCAGAGUGCUCCUGUCACAACGAUUUUGAAUACUGUAUUUUUUUUUAAAGGGGACAUAUUAUACUAAUUUUCGGGUCUUUGUAUUGAGUUCUGGACUCCUAUAGAGCAGCUACAUACGAUAACCCGAAAAGAAAGCUUUCUAGAUCCUCCAGACUCUGCACCUCUUCCUGCAGUGUUUCCUGCCUCCCGCCCAAACGGUCUGUGUAAUUUACUCCAUCCCCGGUCCUCCAGGUAUGCCUCCCGCGAGCCCACUCCAUUGUGAUUGGUCACACUCCCAAGCGCUCCCAAGGACUUCCGGACAGCUGCCGAACCCAUUUUGUCCGAUUACUUACACAAAAUAAACAGUUAGGACACUGAUAAAUUGUUACUUUCAGCUUGCUCUUCUGACUCUUCAGCACGACCGAGUAAUGUUGGAAAGGCGUCGGACGUCAGUGACGGUUUGGCGGACAGUCCAGCUUCGUAUUGGCCCAUGUUCACAAAACAGUCCCGUGUGAAGUGCUGUUGACAGAUGAGCACAUUUUUCUUUUGCUGGCCGGAAAUCAGCAACUCCAACCACUUUUGCUUGAUGCUUGUUGCCUCUUUAGGCACACCCAAACAAACAUUUCCUGGGAGGCAUUGCUUGACGUGCUAACAGGGUGAACAGAGCGAAGCAGUGCGGGGGUGCUGGGCAUGCCCAUAU